UUAGUAUUGUGAAAUUGAAUUUUUUUAGUUUUCGAUUGCUACUGAUUACUACAGAACUCAGAAUGUUUUACCAAGACAUGAAUGUUCUGCUUAUUAUUAUGGUUUAGAACAUGAACUCUGAUUGCUACUGAACUGUUACUUGUGUUUAAAUAAUUGUAUUGAGUGUGAGAGACGAAUUCCAAUUGAAAGCAUCGGUUUUAAAUAAUUGUUUUAGAGUUACUAUAGGUAAUUAAGAAAAGUUAACUUACUUCCUUUGCCAAUUUUAAUCAUGUAUGGCAAUGACUUUGAGAGGAGGACGUAAUCAAUAAUCCUAAAUAGUAGAGGUGGAAAAGAUGGAAAAUGUAGGCUUAUUUGAUUCAAAAAAAUACGAAAAACGACAUCCAUGUUCACCAAUAACCAAAGGCAACUAGAGCGGACCGGAAGAUAUGGUACUUCCAGAUUGCAAUACCUUCAGGAAUUGGUGACUCAGUUUCAGAAUUCAUCAGAGGAUGAAAUUAAAGAGAAGAUUUUGGCAAAUUUGGCCAACUUUGCCUAUGAUCCUUACAAUUUUAACUUCUUGCGCCAGCUAAAUGUUUUGGAACUUUUCCUUGACUGCGUAACUGAACCCAAUGAAAAGAUUAUAGAAUUUGGUGUUGGAGGGAUCUGCAAUUCUUGUGUUGAUCCAGCCAACGCUACAAUUGUAGCUGGAGUUGGUGGGAUUCCUCUUAUCAUUCAAUGUUUAUCAAGCCCAGUUAGGAACACUGUAAAUUAUGCACUCGGGGCGCUUUAUUACAUCUGUAAUGAAUCUAACAAGGAAGAGGUUUUAAAGCCUGAAGUUAUUGAUGUCAUCAAGAGGUAUGCAGCAGCUGAAGAAGUUAGUGUGAGCUUCAGUAAUCUGGCUAAAGCAUUUCUUGACAAACACCUAUCAAGGAACUACUAAGAGAGACAGUCCAUCAUUCCAUUCUCUGUUAUGAUAGUGUAUUUUUUGACUUUUAUAUCCUUUCUAUCUUAAAAAAUUGAUAAAAAUAUUAAGUGACUUUUGUAUCUUUUUGUAUAGAAUGAAGACCUUCAUUUACUUUCUUUUUUU